CAGAGACCGAGAGUGUGCAUGUGAGUGACACCGAGUGCCAUCAUCAACUCUCUCCUGCAGCCUCUCUCAGUCUCUCCAUCCUCCUCCUGAAGAGGGACAUAUGGCAUCACGCAACAAACAAGACAAGUAAAAGAGAGGAUGAAAUGCAUCUUUUUUUUUCUUUUUAAACUGAGCUACCAGAGGCAAGAGAAAAGAGGCGAGUGAGACGCAAAAGUAAAGAAGCAUCUUGUGGUUGGCUCCAGCAAGCCAGGCAUCCAGCUUUUUUUUUUUUACUAAGCAACAACAUCAGGAGCUGUGCUCAGUGUGCACAGCCUGAGGAGGAGAGAGGAUGCUGAACAACAUGACGGACUGCGAGGAGGGAGAGGGGGGACCCAACAGCCAGGGUGAUGGGAACCCCAAAGAGAGCAGUCCUUUCAUCAACAGCAGUGCAGCCAGCAUCGCGGACAAGAGCCAGCAGUAUGACGGCAAGAAUAUGGCUCUGUUUGAGGAGGAGAUGGAUACCAGCCCAAUGGUUUCCUCUCUGCUCAGCAGUCUGGCCAACUACUCCAACCUGCCGACGGGCAGCAAAGAGCACGAAGAGGCCGAGAAUAACGAGGAGGGAGCACGUCUGUCAAAGAAACCUGUCAAGGCUCCACAGCUGGGCACUCUGAUGGGUGUGUACUUGCCAUGCAUCCAGAACAUUUUUGGGGUCAUCCUCUUCCUGCGGAUGACCUGGAUGGUUGGGAUCGGAGGCGUUUUUGGCUCCUUUAUAAUCGUCUUCAUGUGCUGCUCCACAACAAUGCUCACAGCCAUCUCCAUGAGUGCCAUCGCAACAAAUGGAGUCGUGCCAGCUGGAGGCUCCUAUUACAUGAUCUCUCGCUCUCUGGGGCCCGAGUUUGGUGGAGCUGUGGGGAUCUGCUUCUACUUAGGCACCACUUUUGCAGGCGCCAUGUACAUUCUGGGCUGUAUUGAGAUCCUGCUGAUUUAUAUUGUUCCCCAGGCAGCCAUCUUUAAGAUCGAGGGUCUGGAGGGGCCUGAGGCAGAGGCAGCUCUCCUCAACAACAUGCGGGUGUACGGCACCCUCGUGCUGAGCUUCAUGGCUCUGGUGGUGUUCGUGGGGGUCAAAUAUGUCAACAAGCUGGCGCUGGUCUUUCUGGCCUGUGUCAUCCUCUCCAUUGUGGCUGUUUAUGCCGGAGUCAUCAAGACCGCCAUCGAGCCCCCCGUGUUCCCCGUCUGCCUCCUGGGAAACCGAACGCUGUUUUCUAGGUCGUAUGAUGUCUGUGCAAAGGUCAUCGAAAUAGACAAUGAAACCGUCACCACCAAACUGUGGAGGUCCUUCUGUGAUUCUGACAACCUCAAUGCCACGUGUGACGAAUACUUUACAAACAACAACGUCACAGAGAUACAGGGUAUCCCAGGGGUCACUAGUGGCAUCCUGGCAGAGAACCUGUUUGGUAACUACCUGGAGAAGGGGAUGUUCCUGGAGAAGCGUGGGAUCGCAUCAGACACAGAUCCAGACACUCCCACAUCCAACUCCAACCGCUACGUCCUGGCUGACAUCACAAGCUUCUUCACGCUGCUGGUUGGAAUAUACUUCCCAUCUGUCACAGGUAUCAUGGCGGGCUCCAACCGCUCUGGAGACCUGCGUGAUGCUCAGAAGUCAAUCCCCAUUGGCACGAUUGCAGCCAUCACCACCACAUCUACUGUGUACAUGUCCUGUGUGGUGCUGUUUGGUGCCUGUAUAGAAGGAGUAGUCCUGAGGGACAAGUUUGGUGAAGGGGUCAAUGGUAACCUUGUGAUUGGGACUCUGGCAUGGCCAUCUCCGUGGGUCAUUGUAUUCGGCUCCUUCUUUUCCACUUGCGGAGCGGGACUCCAGAGUCUGACGGGAGCUCCACGUCUCUUACAGGCCAUCUCCCGUGACGGCAUCAUCCCAUUUCUGAGAGUGUUUGGGCAUGGCAAAGCCAACGGGGAGCCCACCUGGGCCCUUCUGCUCACAGCUAGCAUCUGUGAGAUUGGCAUCAUUAUCGCCUCCCUGGAUGCAGUCGCACCAAUCCUCUCCAUGUUCUUCUUGAUGUGCUACAUGUUUGUCAAUCUUGCCUGUGCCCUGCAGACUUUGCUGAGGACACCAAACUGGAGGCCACGCUUUAAGUUCUACCACUGGGCUCUGUCUUUUCUGGGUAUGAGCCUGUGCCUGUCGCUCAUGUUCAUCUGUUCCUGGUAUUACGCCAUCGUCGCCAUGGGCAUCGCCACCUGCAUCUACAAAUACAUUGAGUUCUGUGGAGCGGAGAAGGAGUGGGGUGAUGGGAUACGCGGUAUCUCUCUCAGCGCUGCACGCUUCGCCCUCAUGAGGCUUGAGGAAGGACCGCCACACACCAAGAACUGGAGGCCUCAGAUUCUGGUUCUGGUGAGCGUGGAUGCCGAGCAGAACGUAGAGCAGCCUCGUCUGCUCUCUCUGACCAAUCAGCUGAAAGCAGGGAAGGGUCUGACCAUUGUCGGCACCUCAGUUCAAGGAACCUUCCUCGACAACUACACUGAGGCGCAGAGGGCAGAUCAGUCUCUGCGUAAGUUAAUGGAGACAGAGAAGGUGAAGGGCUUCUCUCAGGUGGUCAUCUCCUCCAAUCUGAGAGAUGGGACGUCCCACCUGAUCCAGGUUGGAGGACUGGGAGGUCUGAAACACAACACUGUGAUGGUCAGCUGGCCCCGAAACUGGAAACAGCCAGAGUACCACCAGCAAUUUAGGAACUUUAUUGAGGUGGUUAGAGAGACGACUGUAGCCAGCAUGGCCUUGUUGGUUCCUAAAAAUAUUUCCAGCUACCCGUCUAAUGGAGAGCGCUUCACUGAAGGCCACAUAGACGUGUGGUGGAUUGUCCAUGACGGAGGCAUGUUGAUGCUCCUGCCCUUCCUGCUGCGUCAACAUAAGGUGUGGAGGAAGUGCAAGAUGCGUAUUUUCACUGUAGCUCAGAUGGAUGACAAUAGUAUCCAGAUGAAUAAAGACCUCAUCACCUUCCUCUAUCACCUGCGCAUCGACGCUGCUGUGGAGGUGGUGGAGAUGCAUGAUGGUGACAUCUCAGCCUACACCUAUGAGAAGACAUUGAUAAUGGAGCAACGAUCCCAGAUCCUCAAACAGAUGCAUCUGACCAAGAAUGAGAUGGAGAGAGAGAUCCAGAGUAUUACGGAUUCAUCCCGCGGGUCCAUUCGGCGUAAAAACCCACCUGGCUUGCGCUCUCAGCACAGUGUUGAUGAAGGAGCUAGCGUAGCAGAACAACCUGAAGAUGAGUCUGGUGCUGUCUCCAACCCAAAACAGGUACAGCUGAUCCACAGUAAGAACGCCUCCACGCCAACCAGCCCAACAAGCCCCACGUCUCCAACUGCGCCUGCAGGGGGCGCUGCGACCCGGACGGACAACAAGGGUGCAGACAAGGCGAAGACCCUUUCAGUAGCAACACCAGAGCUGGGCAAAGACGUCUUCAACAUGAAGCCGGAAUGGGAGAACUUGAGCCAGGUCGACGUGAGGCGCAUGCACACAGCCAUGCGGCUCAAUGAGGUCAUCACAAAGAAGUCCAAGGAGGCAAAACUUGUGCUGCUCAACAUGCCUGGACCGCCCAAGAACCGCAUGGGCAAUGAGAACUACAUGGAGUUCCUGGAGGUGCUCACCGAAGGUCUCAAUCGGGUCCUGCUGGUGCGUGGCGGUGGACGUGAGGUCAUCACCAUCUACUCUUGAAGGGCUUUAAGGUCUUUUAAUGGCACCUACACAGACUCUGCCCUCUUUCCCCCCUUCUGUAUUGUUCCAGGAAAAUCCUCACAUGCCAUUAACUCAUUUAACCUUUUGACCGUUAGUUCACCUGCAGAGUUAUGCAACAGUCACCUCUCUGUUCUCGACUCGUCUGCUGAUAUCAGCAGAUCCCUUUUAUGGUUACUUCCGACAGUUUAUUGCAAAACAAACGACUGUGAAAGCUUCACUUGAUCUCAGAAAAUGGAAGGUUUUAUUUCCCUUUUCUGAUACGUUAAGUCAACUUUAUUUCCCUUUGCUUUUGUUCCUGGUUGUUUGUAAAAGAGGAAUGUUUUUCUUUAUCGUUUUUUCUUACUUUCUGUUAUUUAUUUAUUUAUUAUUAUUUAUUUAUUUAUUCAUCUAAUCAUGUCUGUCUUUGUCCUGGUCUGUUUUUGUCUUUCAUUGUAUGGUUGGAAGCACACGAGUAUUUAUAUAAGUGGUAAUGGUAUUUAUUGAUAGAGGAAAGAACGUUGGUUGAGGACCUUUCUAUGUUCAUGCGAUACAUUUAUAUUAAUUAAUUCUCAAAACAGACCAGCUGCAUGAAAUAUACUGACCUCUAGUUUGCACUCACUUUAGUCAGUUGUGAAAAUGCUGUUAAACACUUGAUUGUCCAUGUUGUCUCAUUGCUUACAGCAGAAAUUAAAAUGAAAAGAAAAUGAUUUGGUGCAGAUUAUUGUGAUCCCAAACCUUAUUGUUUGACUUCAGUAUCCUCACCGUUGGAAAGGGAUCAUAUACAUUGAGUUGACUCAGUGACAUGCAGUAAUACAAAGCCUCUGAGUUCAGUGACGGCCGCUUUAAAUACUGCACAUUCACUAAUUGUCUGAUAUGUAUUAUCUCUGGUGUCUCCUGUGAUAGAUGUCGUGCUGGUUGAUCAGGGCGCACUGAGUUUUUAUCCCUCUGUUGUUUUCAUUUUAAGAUACUAACAUAUAAACGAUCAAGUAGAUUUUGGUACAUGAUUCAAUGGGCAUAUGAAACCUUAAUUUUAUCUUUAUCCAAAAAAUUUGGUUCAUAGGAAUCCUCCUCACAACUCUUUAAUAAAUAAACGGUCCUUCCUGAUUACUUAUCAACAAAAUGUGCCAAUAUAUAAUUUAAAUGUAAUAUUUUAGGUGGAAUUUAAAUGUAAAAAAAAAUCAACAGAUUUAAGACCAGGCAUCUCAACAAACGUUUAUUAAAUAUCGUGUAAAGCUUCAAGGUGAAAGUGAACGUAUGUAGUUAUUAUAUGUUUGUAAAAAGAAAUUUUACAACAUUAAGUCAGUGUAAAAUGUUCAUAGAUACACGUCAAUAUUACAUAAUAAAUUUUAUCUCAGAGAAUUUAUUUUUUAAUGGUGUGGUUCAGAAAAAAGUUUAGAAAUACAAUUUAAGAACAAAUUAUAUAUUCUAUAUUUUAUGUAUGUAAGAGCACAGUAUUUAAGGAGUAGUUUGCUCACUUGAUUUCUUGCUGAUAGAAGAGAGAUACCACUCUCAGCAGCAGCCAGGAGAUGUUUAGCUUAGCUUAGCAUAAUACCUCUGUCCACAGGCAACAAAAUCUGCCUACCAGCACCUCUGAAGCUCAGUAAGUAAUGUUAUAUCUCAUUUGUUCAAUCCAUAAAAAAACAAGGUGUAAAAGUGACAGUUAGCCCUUUUCGUGGAGUUUGUGAGCCAAAGUAUCUCAUGAGUGAGAGCAGUAACUUCCUGGAGUCUCAGCCUGUUGCCCAGCAACAGCACACACUCACCUCCGUAAAAUGACAAAAUGUCGCUUUAACUUCUUAAUGUUUUGUUCAGUUUAAUUUACAACAUAAAACUUGCUAAUUUGGGUGUGUUGGUGUUGGUAGGCAAUUUGUUUUAUCUUUGAUCAGAGCUAGGCCAUCUGUCUCCUCCUGUUUCAAGUCUUUAUGCUAAGCUAAGCUAAGCUAAAAGGCUACUAGCUGUAACUUCAUA